GUCAGCCGUCGCGACCAGGAGGCUCUCCGUGGCGGUGGGCGCACGCGCGGGGGCCGCGCGCGCGCCGAGCAGUCGGCCCCCCCACCAGCAGACGUACAGAAAAUUAAAUGCCUCGGGUCGGCCACUCAGGCCACGGGAAUCUUCCGCAAUGUUGCGCAUCAUCCCUGGAUACGUCUCGAAUCCAUAUUCGAUGAGUUGUCGCUCUACCGCUCGAAGGGUGGCCAAGCCUGGCGCAAACGAUUAUCAUGCGACGAUAGCGGCGGCAAUGCCCUUCAAACGGCCGAGGAGCGCGAUUGUCCCCUCGCCAUCGCCGGGGGACACCUUGACAUCCCCCGAUAUCCAUAUAUUCUCGUUCCGAGAGUGGCUGCGUAGUCAAUGAUCGACAAUUCAUCGGCAUGAGGCGUCGGCAUGUCAUAUCUCACGCCUAUGUGCUCCGCACCGUUGGGGCUAAAUCGAAUGGGGCUUGGGAGCAGCCCUGCGCGGGAAGUGCUUUGCACCUCCAUCUCCCACCUUCCUUCGACGUCAAGCCGCUCCCUUUGCGCAAGGCAGCCUCCUGGGCAAGGGGUUGAGCGAAUUCGGCCAGGGGAAGGAGGAUCAGGACGGGGACGAGGAGGAGCAGGAGAAGGAACAGGAGAACGAGGAUGAUUUGGUGGAGUCGCCUGAACAGCGUCCACAUCAGAAUCACAAAUAUCAAUAACGGCCACAGCAUCAUCAGAACUAGCGGCAGCCGCUUCAACAACGACGUCGUCCAUCACACCACCACCAUCCGCCGAAUUCACGGCGGCGGCCUCCUCAGCAACGGCCUGCACGACAUCUUCUGCCUCAGGCGAACCCACCUCCUGGGCAGCUCCCGCCACCGCCGCAACGGCGGCCAUCUCCUUCUCGGCGUCCAUCCCCGUUUUGGCGGAAACAUCCAGGCCGGGCUCCAUAACGAUGCCCACAUCGGCCUCACUCAGGCCAGGCGGUGAAUCAUCAACAACAACAGCAGUCGGCAGCGUGCGAGCUAGCGAGACAGCGUUUUCC